ACAAAUAUGUAUAUAUAUAUAAAAGUUUUUGUAAGAUAGCGCUUCUGUUAUUGAUUAGAGAUGGCGACUUCAGAGGAAACAAAUACAGGAUCUGCGAGUGAUAAGUCAUUUGAAGAAACCCAAGAAGGACAUGAACACCAAUCUGGUGAUAAAAGAAAAAGAUUGUUUUCUAAAGAAUUACGAUGUAUGAUGUAUGGCUUUGGAGACGACCAGAAUCCGUACACAGAAACCGUUGAUCUUCUCGAAGACUUGGUGAUAGAGUUCAUAACUAACAUUACCCAUAAAGCCAUGGAAGUUGGUCGGACAGGACGGGUUCACGUAGAAGAUAUAGUAUUUCUUGUGCGUAAAGAUCCACGGAAGUAUUCAAGGGUAAAGGAUCUGCUUACAAUGAAUGAAGAACUCAAGAAAGCCAGAAAAGCUUUUGAUGAAGUGAAAUAUGCCACAAUUUGACAUAUGCCAAAACUUAUGUUGUUUAACUGAAAUGAGUUUUUAGUGUUGUAUUUAUCUGUAGGAGUUUUAAUAAAGACUUAUCAUAUUUUUUCAAGUUAC